AUGAGUAGUUUGGAUACUGCGAGGGAGAAAUCACGCAAGCUUGACUGCGACAGUGUGGAGCAAGCCACACAAGUGCAGGGGCGUCCGGCCGGCGGUGGAUCAGAGGCGAAGGCAUUGACGUUCGAGCUCGUGUCGCAGCAUUUCUCCAUGCCGAUCGAGCAGGCGGCGCGGGAGCUCAACGUGGGGGUCACCGGCAUGAAGAAGCGGUGCAGGGAGCUCGGCAUCCCGCGGUGGCCGCACCGCAAGGUGAAGAACCUGCAGACGCUCAUCGACAAUGUCCAGGAGCUUGGGAAGGAGACCGAAGAGGUGGAUGGCCAUCUGACCAGGAUCGUGGUGGAGAGGCUGCAGCAGACGAAGAAGCUGAUCGAGGAGAGGCCUGAGGUGCCGUUGGAUGAGAAGACGAAGCAGCUGAGUCAGGCGUGUUACAAGGAGAACUGGAAGAGGAAGAGAGGCUCAAGGCCAGGUCAACACCGCGCGUCGUGA